CGCCUGCUGAAGGAUAUGGGAAUGGAUGCGUACAGGUUCUCCAUCUCAUGGACAAGAAUUCUUCCGAAUGGAAGUCUCAGUGGUGGAAUCAACAAAGAGGGAAUCAGAUACUACAACAACUUGAUCAAUGAACUCUUGUUGAAAGGGGUGCAACCAUUCGUGACCCUUUUUCACUGGGACUCGCCUCAGGCAUUAGAAGACAAAUACGGAGGAUUUCUUAGUCCCAGCAUCAUAAAUGACUACAAGGACUACGUUGAAGUCUGCUUCAAAGAGUUUGGUGAUCGAGUGAAACACUGGAUAACGUUCAACGAACCUGCAGCGUUCUGCUCAACUGGGUAUGCAUCUGGGGUGCUUGCACCAGGCCGGUGCUCGCCGUGGGAGCAGGCCAAGUGCAGCGCUGGGGAUUCAGGAAGGGAGCCUUACACCGUAUGCCAUCAUCAGCUGCUCGCCCAUGCAGAAGCAGUUCACCUGUACAAAGAGAAGUACCAGGCUUCGCAAAGAGGGAAAAUCGGAGUAACUUUAAACUCCCUAUGGUUUCUCCCUUCGUCCCCAUCCAAAUCCAAUGAUGAUGCAGUGAGGCGUGCCUUAGAUUUCAUGCUUGGAUGGUUUAUGGACCCACUUGUUAGUGGUGACUAUCCGGCCAGCAUGAGAAGGCUGGUGGGAGAUCGCUUGCCACGGUUCACAAAGGAACAAUCUAAGCUAGUCAAGGGUGCAUUCGAUUUCAUCGGACUCAACUACUACACCACGUACUACGCUGAUAGCCUCCCCCCAUCGUCAAAUGGCCUCAAUAGUAGCUACAACACUGAUUCUUUAGCUAAUCUUUCCGGUAUUCGAAAUGGUGUCCCCAUUGGCCCUCAGGCAGCUUCGUUUUGGCUCUUCAUGUACCCUGAUGGCUUCCGUGAGCUCCUACUUUAUAUUAAGGAGAACUAUGGGAACCCUACUAUCUACAUCACCGAAAAUGGCUUUGAUGAAGCUAAUAACAUGAGCUUGCCACUCCACGAAGCCUUGAAGGACGACACUCGGAUAGAGUAUCACCACAAGCACCUCCUUGCCCUGCUAAGUGCUAUAAGGGACGGAGCAAACGUGAAAGGCUACUUCGUGUGGUCGCUGCUGGACAACUUCGAGUGGGUGAACGGCUACACGGUCCGCUUCGGGCUAAACUUCGUGGACUACAACGAUGGGUUGAAGCGGUACCCUAAGAAUUCAGCCCAUUGGUUCAAGGAGAUCCUGCGGAGAUGAACAUGGGCUUGGCACCAGCACAUAUGAGUGUAUUUGAAUUAUUUCUUUGAGUUUCUUUGCUUGGGCUUCAAUAAGUUUUUAAAGUCCUUUACUUGAUAUAUGUUGAUCCUCUGAAUCAUUCUGCACAUACGUUGUCCAAGU